AUGGAGAAAGUUGUGGCACAAGAACAGCUGCUCGAGGAGCUGCAGAAGUCCUUAGUAGACAAAGACCAAUUCAUUGCGAAAAGAAAAAGAAAAAGGGAAGAACUGGAGGAAGAGGUCAACACCUUGAGGGACUGUAACACAUCUCUCAGAGCACAGAUGGACCUCAAGGAUCAGUCAUCUUUGGAGGAAAAGACCAAACUGUCCAAUGACUUUACAUUAGAGAUUAACAACCUCAAGGAGCAGUUGGCGAAGCAGCAGCAGUCCAUACAAGAAAAGGACAAAACAUCGCGUGAGCUGAAAACACAGUUACAGUCAGUAAACUUGGCCACAGAACGUCCAUUUGUGAAUACAGAUGAAGCUGAGGACGGUCUGACUGUGGAUUUACUGAGGGAGCAUGAUUACAAACUCCAGAUAGAGGUGAUCACUUUUAGCGACCCCUCUCUCACAGAAGAGAGGGUCCUCGAGGAUCAGUCCUCUGUGGAGGAAAGGACCACAACAUCCAAUGGUUUUACAUUGAAGGUAAGCGAGAUACAGGGGCAGAUGGAGGCGCUGCAGCAGUUCCCACUAGAAAAGGACCAAACAAUUAGUGACCACCUGCCCACAGAACUUCCAUCAGAUGAACUGGAGGAUAGUCCCAAAGCAGUUCUACAGAGAGACUGUAUUCACAAACUGGAGAUGGAGGUCAACACUUUGAGCGACACCUCUCUCACAGAAGAGAGGGUCCUCGAGGAUCAGUCCUCUGUGGAGGAAAGGACCACAACAUCUAAUGUCUGUACUUUAAAGGUAGAGUCACAGGAGUCAACAGAUGGACUGGAGGAUAGUCCAAGUGUAGAUUUACGGAGGGCGCGUAUUCACAAACUAAAGAUAGUGGUCAACACUUUGAGAGGCCGUAACAACGCUCUCACAGCAGAGAGAGAGAUCAUGGAUCAGUCGUACCUGAAGGAAAAGACCAAGAAGAAGGAUCUGGAGGAGGAGCAUUUCUAUGAUGCCCUGGACUUUGUUUCUGAGGACAAAGAUGUGGAAACAUCUGCUUACAGAACUGUAGGAAAAUAUCUCAUCAGGGGACUCAUCGUGUUGAGUGCAGUGAUUUUGCCUGCCACCGGGGGCUUCCUUCUGGGCAGUUCUCUCUGGAGUGAAGACGCUGGCUGUCACUAUGACUUUGGUGGGAGUCCGGUUUUCUUCUAA